AAACGCCCAUUAUCUCACAUUGGGUCCAAAAGGCCGUGUUGUUACGAAAACAUUGCAAUCGUUCUGCAACCGGUAAUGCAGGAUUGUAAUUAAAUUGUGUGUAUUUGUUUUUGAACACUGUUACAUCUAGUGUACGGUAGCAAUGUUGCUACGAAAAGCGGUCCGUCCACUGGGACGCACCUUCGCAAGGACUUGCUUCGUUCGUCACUCCACGGUAGCAUCGCACGAACCGGCCGAUUCCGAUCCGGUGUCGAGUGCCAUCAACAAUCUAUCGAAACCGGUACACGCGAAGCUGCCCAACAGAAAACCGUUCGUAAAGUCCAUGUUUCUGGGUACGGUCGAUACGGAUCUGUUGUCCUUUCCCGAAUCGCUCAACCGAGAAGAGCAGGCCCGUCUGGCAAAGCACAAGGAAGAGCUCGAACGAGCAAUGCGCAGCGAGGAACCGAAAUCUCCCGCCAGCGCGGGAUUUUACGGACUGCAAGGACCGCUCGUGCACGGUGGCCAGCAGCUGAUCGAGACGGAGCUAGCCUUCGUUAACGAGCUGCUGGCCGAUAGUCGUUCGCAAGCGAUGAUUACCCUAGAGCACAAUGCAAUCGUGAAGCUGCUGGCCCAGCACGGUACGGACGCCGGCAAAGAUCUGUAUCUUGCGAAGCUGUGCAGUGGUGAAAUGGUUGCCGCUAGCGCACUGUACGAGGUAAACAGCUCCCGGCAUACGAUGUUCAGUACGGUCGCGGAGCUGGACUUUACCAGCGGCAGGUGGACACUGAACGGGUCGAAGGUAUUUGUUCGGAACGGUGAAACCGAUCCCGGUUUGCUGCUCGUCAUCGCCUCGACCAAGAGCAUGCAGCAGCGCAACAAGGAAGAUGGCACGAUUGCUGCGUUUCUGGUCGACACGAGUGCACCCGGCGUCCAGAUAUCGCACUCCGCGCUCGGCAGCAAAGGUCUCGAGCGGGUCACGGUACAGCUGAACCGUGUGGAGGUGUCGGAAACGCAGCUCGUCGGGCAGGAAACCGAUGGUGGCAUGGUGCUGUCCAAUUUCCUGUCAACGGUUCGCGUACAGUCCAGCGUGGUGCGUGUGGCGCUGCUGAAGAAGGUGCUAAAUUCGCUGACGGAUUUUUGCAUUAAUUCAAAAACUGCCACCGGUGACAUGAUGGACAUUGAAAUUGUGCGGGAACGGCUGGCACGCAUGGCAAGCAUAAUUUACGCCUCGGAAAGUCUCAUCUACAUGACCGCCAGCCUGAUAGAUGAUUUCGAAAGUCAGGACGUAGAAAUGGAGGCAGCCAUAACGAAGGUGUUUACCACGGGCAGUUUGCUAAGCUUUGCGGCGCUUCCACUGCAGCUGCUCGGUCCGCAGGCGCUCAGCAAAGAGUGCACGUUCGACGAGCUGUUUAACGAUGCGCUGAAGAUGUUCGUUGGCGAUGAAUCGAUCGAUUCGGUUAACUUCUUCAUCGCGCUCAGCGGGCUUCAGCAUGCCGGUAUGCAAAAUCACGAAACGAUCAAGAAAGAUCGCAACCCGGCCAUGAACCCGUCGCACGUGCUGUCAAAGCUGUUCGAGAAAACGUCGAUCGAGCAUCCGAAGAAGUUUGCCAAUUUGCAGCAAUACUUUCAUCCCUCGCUGGAACCGGCCGCCCACUGGAUCGAGCUUGCGAUCGUGCGCCUAAGGCUCGCGACCGAGUGCGUCCUGUCCCGGCACGGGGUCGAGGUGAUCGAGCGCCACAUAGAGCUGGGCCGGUUGGCAAACAUUGCCACGCUCAUAUACGCGAUGGUCGCCAGUGCGUCGCGUGCUUCCCGCUCGUACUGUAUCGGUUUGCGGCACGCUGCCCAGGACGUGCAUCUGGCGAAUAUGUUUUGCCGCGAGGGUGGCGAAAAGAUUCGCCUGCUAGCGCUGGACCUCGAGAAGGGACCGUACAUGACGAGCGAUGACGAUUACAACGCAAUUGCGCGCAAUUUGUUCCGCGAAAAGCGUUACUACUUCGAGCAUCCGAUAACGAAAAACUUCUAACAACGUAUUGCUGUGGCGGUUUAGCUGUGUCGCAGGGGGAGGGGGCGUAAAAUACAGAAAUGCUUACUAGUAACAGCGUUAGAAGUAAAAUUUUCUUCAAUUGCAUUUGGUACGCCACUAUAGGCUGCACAGCAGCAUGGCCGUUAUGCUUGAGAAAUCAAAAACAGUAUGUAACGGUUUUUUUUUCUUUGAAUUCAUCACUUUGUUCGCUGUUCUUACCUUUCCAAUAAACGUUAAAAGCCGUGUAUGUA